CUUUCCAGACUUCUUCGACCGCGCGAGAACUCACGCGAGCCAGAGGAGGAUCUCUAGCGGCAGCUCUAGCGUAGACGUGCGUCAUCAAGCUAUCCUACGAUGCUAUCUCACAGCCUCUCAACCAGUGUGAUGUGGAAAGCCCCCGUCUGCGUUGGCUGUCUUCUCCGACCAGCUCACUGGAUUCACGUUCUCGGCAAAUUACGACUUUGAGAUCCAGCCCGGGCCCUCUCUCACCACGUAUCGAUACCGACGUGUCUCUUCCCCGCUGCGACGAGCCGCAACCACCACACACCGCACUCGAACGCACCGGCGCUUCGCGUUCAGGCAAGAAGCGGUACACCUGUGACGUCUGUGAGAAACGAUUCGAGAGGUGCGCACAGUUCGGCCAGAGUCCGCCCGGGGGGGAGGGCGACGAUCUCACCUGUCCGUGCAGGCCCAGCUCUCUCACGACGCACAUGAACUCACACACGGGCAACCGCCCGCACGUCUGCCGGUACCCCGGCUGCCCGAAGGCGUUCACGACCCGCUCCAACAUGCUGCGCCACUUUCGCGCGCACUUUGACGGCUCGACGUUCGUCCCGUGGGACGCCGCGUGCCCCCACGGGCACGCCGAUUCCCUCCGCCUCCAGGCGUCGCUGUCGCAAUGAGCGACGGCGAGCACGCGUCGGCGCUUGGUGGCGCCGACGAGAUCCGGAAACGACCUGAAAGCUCCUGGUUUGCUGCCGACGGCCCGAGAGGACAGAGGGCAGGGACAUUGUGUCGGUGUUCGCGGACAGGAAAGCGUCGUCUUGCACGUAACAGAGUGUUUGUUCUUACUCCUUUGUUCGCCAACGUUUUAUCCCUUAAUCGUGUUAUGCGAUCAACUCG